AUGGCGCCAGGCCCCGGCGGCGCGGGCGCUCCGCCUCCCGGAGUGACGUCCCCCGGCUCCCCCCCACCUCUUUUCCCGCCCCUCUGCCCCCUCCCCCCCUCCCCCCCGCCGGCUCCCCGCGGCCCCGGAGGGUUCACUGCACAACAAGAUGGCGGCGGCGGCGCCCCCGCUGCUGUGCCCCCGGCGGCUGGCCCGCCGCGUCCCUCAGCCCCGGCCUCCCGCGGGCCGGUGCCUGCCCGCAUCGGCUACUACGAGAUCGACCGCACCAUCGGCAAGGGCAACUUCGCUGUGGUCAAGCGGGCCACGCACCUCGUCACCAAGGCCAAGGUUGCUAUCAAGAUCAUAGAUAAGACCCAGCUGGAUGAAGAAAACUUGAAGAAGAUUUUCCGAGAAGUUCAAAUUAUGAAGAUGCUUUGCCACCCCCAUAUUAUCAGGCUGUACCAGGUUAUGGAGACAGAACGGAUGAUUUAUCUGGUGACAGAAUAUGCUAGUGGAGGGGAAAUAUUUGACCACCUGGUGGCCCAUGGCAGAAUGGCAGAAAAGGAGGCCCGUCGGAAGUUCAAACAGAUUGUCGCAGCUGUCUAUUUUUGUCACUGUCGGAAUAUUGUUCAUCGUGAUCUAAAAGCUGAAAAUUUGCUACUGGAUGCCAAUCUGAAUAUCAAAAUAGCAGAUUUUGGCUUCAGUAACCUCUUCACUCCUGGGCAGCUGCUAAAGACCUGGUGUGGCAGCCCUCCCUAUGCUGCACCUGAACUCUUUGAAGGAAAGGAAUAUGAUGGGCCCAAAGUGGACAUCUGGAGCCUCGGAGUCGUCCUCUAUGUGCUUGUGUGUGGUGCCCUGCCAUUUGAUGGGAGCACACUGCAGAAUCUGCGGGCCCGGGUGUUGAGUGGAAAGUUCCGCAUCCCAUUUUUUAUGUCCACAGGUAAGGGAGUUGCCAUCACACAGCUAUGA